UUAACAUCUGAUAACUUGUAAGACAAUGUUGAUUAGCUACCUCAUCCUGUUGCUGGCGUGCAUGGGAGCCUCGAAGCUGCAGCAGAGCUGGCUGGACCGCAUGGUGGCGUACCAUAAGAAGAACUUCCUCGAGGAGUUUUCUAGGCUUCCACCGCUUACUGUGACGGUCGAGAAGGCUCCGGCCGGGUUUGUUGACUCGCCUAAAUGGAACAGAGAAUCCGUGCUGCGGCUUGUCAUGUUGGUUGAGGUGUUGGAUGCGCGACAGGCACGGCAAGCUAUCCGCCGCGCGCUGUCUCCCUCUCGCCGCUUCGACCUGCCCCCUGGGAAGAAUACCUUCGACCUCUUCCCCAGCUGGAGUAAGGACCACCCGAACCACUUCUAUUACGACGACAUGGUCCAAUACGACGAGAAAAUGACUAACGCGCCCCAAGACGACGUCGUGACAGAUGACACCGUCGUGUACAUCUCCAACCCGGUCGAGGCCCGCUUGCCUGCUUCGAGGAUCACUGUCAGACUGUUACGGGAUAUAAUGGAGACGCGCGCAAUCGGUCUGCGGAAGAUGCCGUCCACGCCUCGUCCUACAUACUCCUGGACAACAAAGUCGCAGAACCCCGAUGAGGCAGGAAAGUCCGCGGAACCCGGCGGUGCAGACAACACUGCUGCGGGAGGCGUCACGGAACCUUCAGGACAGAAGUCGCCGAAAGAUGGAGAACAGGAGGGCGAGAAAAAAGAAACCGAAAAGCCCGCCGAAGGUGAGCAAAAGAAAAAAGAGGAAGAAAAGAAAGAAGAAGAAAAGAAAGAGGAGGAAAAGAAAGAGGAAGAAAAGAAAGAGGAAGAAAAGAAAGAGGAAGAAAAGAAAGAGGAUUAAACCGAGAAUAACUAAUAGAUACACAUACAUACUGAAAUAAAUAUAAACAAACACUAAAUUAUGUUUUUUUAUUUCAAAUAAAAACCCUUAUAUUAUUGGACCGGCAAUCCAAAGAUGUCUCCAACAUCCCACGUUAGCCAGAAUUGAUCAUCGUUGAUUUUUUCAUUGUGAUUGAUAUGUAUAUACAAUUUACAAACUUAU